AAAAAUUAAUUUCUGCUUUUGGUCGCUUUAAAUCGGCUACUCUGUUUAUUCUGACAUUUGUCAUAUUAUGACAUUCCCCUUAGUUAUCUGCUAAUUCGUUUUCUCCUGGUAAUUCGUUGUUGAAUUUCUUGUAACUUCUUCAGUAUUUUUCGAGCUGUGUUCUGUGAAGAAGUGAGAAAAUCGUGUUAAUUUCUUUUUAUUUCUUAUUUAAGUGAUAAUUCAAUAAAAAAAAAAGUGCACGGCUUAAUAGAUAAAUAUAUGUGGUUGCACGUACUUUUGUUAUAUCUAAACGGUAAAAGUGAAGUGCGUAUAGAUUUAACAACAAAUUUUCGCAGUGAAAAUUUUUGAGUGCACAAAAUUUACACGCACACAUAUAAAAAGCGUACACGCAGAUCCACUUACACCCGCGCGGAGGAGUGGCAAAAGCAGUGAUAUACAGCGCAGACACGACACAAUACACGCGCGACCCAUGCACGACGCACCGGAGUAUAAACACAGCAGCAGCAGUAGCAGUCGUGAGCAGCACCAUCAGCUAGGAAGAGUGCCAGUACCCAACGCAGCAGGCAUUGGAGGAUCAAGGAUAACGCCAACCACGUCGACGCAUAUACCAUCCACAGUUAGCAAAACAAACACUUCUUCAAUGGAGUCGAUUGGACAUAGAAUACAUAGACUGGAGAAACGCCUCGAGGAGGAGAAUAAUUCACACAAUCACUUGAUGUUUGUUACAGAUACUCCUAGUGGUUCUACAACGCGCGUUGGCGACAGAGAUGUCCACAUGUCGCUACCAAUCGGCAAGACAAAACGCCCCAACUUGGGUUUGGUUAUGCCGAACACAAAUCGCAAUGGUCCACAAACAGAAAUGCACAAGAAACUUAAAAGAAUACGACAGCAAUCCGGUAUAUUAACUAUAAAUGGCCAAAAAUAUACAAGUAUAAUGUCGGAUUUGGAGCACUUGAGCGAUUUGGGUAAUGGCACUAGUGGGAAUGUGGUGAAAAUGCGACACAAACCUACGGGCACGAUUUUAGCCGUAAAACAAAUGCGCAGCACUGGCAAUGAUGAAGAGAAUAACCGUAUACUCAUGGAUCUCGAUGUUAUACUAAAUUCACAUGACUGCCCAUAUAUAGUGCAUUGUUUAGGUUAUUUUGUAAAUAUACCGGAUGUGUGGAUAUGCAUGGAACUGAUGUCGAUGUGUUUUGAUAAGCUGUUAAGACGUUCCAAACAAUCGGUGCCGGAGAAUAUACUAGGGAAGGUUACUGUGGCGACGGUGCACGCUCUUUCUUAUCUAAAAAAGAACCACAAUGUCAUACAUCGAGACGUGAAACCAUCAAAUAUCCUCAUCGACGAACAGGGCAAUAUCAAAUUGUGCGAUUUCGGCAUUAGCGGGCGACUUGUAGAUUCAAAAGCGAAUACACGUUCUGCCGGGUGCGCCGCUUACAUGGCGCCCGAACGUAUCGAUCCGAAAAAGCCGAAAUAUGAUAUACGCGCCGAUGUUUGGUCAUUGGGCAUAACGCUAGUGGAACUCGCGACCGGCCGUUCGCCUUACGAAGGCUGCAAUAUAGACUUUGAGGUGCUGACUAAAAUUUUGGAUCACGAACCACCCAGUUUGCCAUACGGUGAUGGUUUCGAUUUCAGCCAAGAGUUUCGCGACUUUGUCGAUAAAUGUCUGACGAAGAAUGUACAUCAGCGCCCCAGAUACCAGGAACUCUUGCAGCAACCAUUUUUUCGUUACUACGAUGCGGCUGAUGUAAAUGUGGUUCAAUGGUUUAAGACUGUUGUCGAAUCAGCCGACAUAGAGAUGCAUAGAACUCACAUGCCAAUUACUACAACAACCACAGCUACACUCAGAGGAGAUGUAACCGCAGUAUCAAAUAGUAAACAUAACAAAAUUGCAAAUGCAACUAUGUUGCCAACAGCAACAACAACAAUUGCAACAACGACAAUAAAUCCAAAAAUGCCAGCGGCAAGCAUCACAAACAUCACACACAUACCCAGCUAUCAGAAUUCCUAUCACAGCGCCACAGCCACAGCCACACACAAUACACAGCCACAAGCGCUUGCGUCACGCUACAAAAAAGACGAUUACCUGCCACAUUAUCAGCCACAAUAUCCACACGCGCAAACGCAGUUGUCACAUCAUCAUCAACCAUCACAACUACCUCAGCCGAUUGCAAGCUAUUACAACAACACCAUCGCCAACAAUCAUUUACAGGGCGAGCGUGGUGGAGGCGGUGGCGUCUGCGGCCACACUGGCGGCGGCAUUGCUCUAAGCAGUGGUGUCGGCGCUGGCGGGGGCAAUGGUUACGGCAGCGGUGGUUCUGGCAGCAAUAGCGCCAACAGCAGCAGUCCACAGUCGCCGCCGAGCAGCAGCUACAAGGAUGCAACGCACAAGGACGACACCACACAUAUUGUCAGCGAGAUGAGCAAAUUGUACCGCAAAUCACCGUUUCUGCAACGCAAAUAUAGCAAUGGUUCAGGUUUGAAAUACACCAGUGCGGUUGGCGUUGCCGAGAGUCCCAAAAAGGAAUCCAUGUUUAGCAGUAUAGGUCAAUCGAUUAUACGCAACCUCACCACGUCGCCAUUUAGUCAAAAGAAGCAUCAUACACCACAACCGCAUCAAGUGGAUCCACUUUGGCGCAUGCCGAAUGUGCAGGAGAUGGGCGGCAAUGCAUUCGAUGUGUAUGACAGUCCGGCUUUGCCGAAGACGGUGGCGCUUGGUUCGCCAGCAAUGACGCGUAAGCGUUUUCAAGGUGGGGCCGCUUCGCCAACACUGCCCAUAGGCAUGGCGUUGGAACCGACGCAGAAGGAGCAACAGCCAUCGCUGAUACCAGUUAAUCGCAGUGAGAUGAAUACGCAACAGCGCGUACCCGGUAAUCACAGUCCCAUAGUGCUACAACGCUUCUACCAUCAGCAAAACCAACUGCGUGAGAAAGAGUUAGAAAAGCGUAAGGAGCAGCAAAAGCAAUCCACAAAUCCCUUUCUCGCCGGCAAUUACCUCUCAUCAACUGCCGCCGCGCCCGCGCCCGCGUCCAACAUGCCAAUGCAUUACAGCAACAGCAGCAGCAGCGCUGGCAAUCAGCACCACUACCAACUGCCACAACAGCAGCAACAACGCUAUCCGCAACAGCAGUCACACCAUCAGCACAUGCCGCUUACCAGCGCUGCCUCUUCCUCACAUUCAACUUCUAGUCAAUCAUCCACACAGUCCUCAUCCUCACAAAUAGCACUGAGCGAUUUACACGAACGCCAACAACGCUCGCCGCCAAAUUGCGCACCACCGCCACCGCCGCAAACGUCGGCAGCUACAAGCAGCACCGCCUUUGGCACGAGUCCCAGUCAGCUGCAAUAUCAGCCGUUGCCGCAGCACUAUUUACCGUUGAAUGAGAGCACAGUACGUAGCUCGCGUUCGCCGCCUACCUCACCGGAGCAGCUGUCUUCCGAUGGUGGCGUGAGCGGCAGUGGGAGCGGCGGCGGUGGUGGCAGCGGCAUGGCGAGCAAGCUGAGCAAAUUAUAUGCGCGUCGGCAGUGGCAAACAACAACGGCGUCGACGAUACCCACGCAUACAGGCGUGGAGGGUGUGAGUGGUAGUGGUGGAGGCGGUGUUGGCUUAGCGGGCAAGGAGUACAGAGACGAACACGGCUGGUUUAACACACUUGCCGGCGCCAUGAAGCGUCAAUUUGCCUCUUAUGUUAAAUUACAAUUGCAUUCUGCAGGCUCGCCUUCCACCAGUGGCGCAGCCAAUCAGCAUGAGGGCAUUGGCUACGAGAGCGCGCUGCCACCAAGCGCACAGCCUGCCAAACCAACACUCGCCUACUAUCGUACGCUCUCCGCGGGCAGCAGUAGCAAUACAAGCAACAGCACCUCGCCAACGGAGGCGCAGCCGAAACCAGCGCAAACAGCAGGCAGUGACUUCUACGAUGGCACCAGCGGUUUUUUGCGCCGCUAUGCCGCAGCUGGCGCAAGCGGCAUGACUAGUGGGUCCUCAAAUGCGCACUUGUUAACCGGCUUAGAUCGGCGCCACCGCAGUCCAGAUCCACCGCCGCGCUAUAAUCGCGGCCAAUCGCCACUGUUGCUGCGCAAGCAGCUGUUGGAGCUGAGCGGUCAGCCGCCAGGCGGUUCACCACUGCUCAAUAGACGCUAUGUGAAUGCUUCACCGCCUUUGCCACCACCGCGUCGUGGCUCGGAGAGCGUGCCCGGCUCGCCGCAACAUUUUCGCACGCGCAUUCAUUAUACACCCGAACCACAGCGGCGCAUAUAUCGCACUAUCGACCAAUGAGUAGCGCUGCAAAUAAUGCUCAUGUGAUAUUGGUAUGGUUUUGAGGAGAAUGCAAGCGAUGCGGACGGCAGCGGCGUUGGCAGCAACAGCGCUGGCGAUAGCGGCGUGUGCGCAACCACACAGGACGACACGGCUUUGCUGGCGGCACCCAUCACAACGCGUCGCUUGCCCACGCGCCUUGCUGUCGGCAGCAGUGGCGACGCGCUGCACACGCAGUUGGCGGGCGGCGCGCCACCGAUCACCACCAGCCCGACAGUGGACCGCAUGACUGCAUCGGAUGUGGCCGAUGUGCUGGCGCGUGAACGUGACUUUUGGCGCUUGCGGCGCGAUGAGUAGCGGCGCGUGCUUUGUGUUUAUGUUUGUGAUGUUUGGAACGUUGAAUCGCGAAUUAAUUUAAAAGGAAUUUCCGUUGUGCUCGUGUCAGUUGCAAUUUUGUGAUUUUGUUAUUAAGCUUAAAGUGAAAAUAGCUAUAUUUCGUACACUACAUAUGGUAGACAAUGUAUAAAUGUGUAUGCGUAACAAGUGUGUGUUCAUAGUAAAACAAGUAACUAUUGAAGUCUGGCAACGCCAAAAGUACAUUAGAAGGAAAAAAAUACAAAGCAGUUGUAUUUUAGUGGCAAUAAGACGGUUAUAAAUUAUGCCAAUUGAUAUUUAAAAAAAAGGUGCAUGCGAAUUUUGAAAAAUCACAAAUGAAGACGACUGUUUUUUAAUUGUUUGGCGACUAUUAAAAGUUGGUAUAAAGCCAUUUUGUGACGUAAUUGCAUGCAAAUUAUAUAAAAGUUGCUGUCAAUGUUAGAAACGACCGUAACAACAACAGUGGAAAGUUUUUGAUUUGUUUUAGUUAAAAAAAUGUUUUGGAAAGCAAUACUACUGAAGCUUAAGCAGGUUUUUUUGCAUAUUUUUCAAAAUUUCGAUUUGUUUUGUGAUCAAAAGUGCGCAGUUUACAUAUACAAGCUUGCUAUAUGUAACUGGUAUAAUGAAAAUUAUGUGUAGUAAAAUUUAAACUUAAAAGUAUCUGUUUAAAAAAGUUUUUAGACACCUAGCACGAACUGGUAUAAAACUGGUAUAAAGCAUUUUUUGCGUUAACUAAAAUAUUUGCAUACAUUACAACGAUUUCGACAUAAUUACAUGUUGAACACGUUUAAAACGUUAAAAAUCAAACUGGUAUAAUUUUAAUUUUCGUGCAACUCGUGUUAAUAAUGUUGCAACUAGCCAAGAAAUGGCCUAGAACAUGUUUUCAGCACUUUUAUUGAACUGUUAUACAACUGGUAUAAUUUUUCAAACAACUGAUUUGCUUGUUACGCUGAUUCUUAUAAAUUUUUCAAAUUUUUGUCACAUUUUUCUUAAAUAAUUUCCUAGACUACGCAGUGGAACAAAAUAAUAACUUACGAAACUUGUGCAGCACACAAAGUACGCAUGCAAACUCUUAUUUACCAUAUAUAUGUACAUUGAAUAUAUGCUUAUGUAUUGGAACGGUUUCGCUUGUUGAUAAACUAAUGCAUAUUUAGCAUUAAAAGCAUAUUUAUAAAGACUAAAAUGUAUUACAUUAAGUACAUAUUAAAUUAUAAUUAAAUGAGAUAAGACGAAAUUAUUUCAAAAUAAAGUGACAAAAGCCAACGCGUGCACACGCUGGGCCAACUAAAAUAAUAAUAAUAAUAAUGCUUGACAAUUUGUAUAAUAGUUUUAAGCGCAAACAUAGCGUUCCUUACCCAUAGCAAAUUUUUAUCCGUUGUAAGAAGUACUGUAUAUGAAAUAGCUGCUUUAAAAGAAUUGAGAAUAGAAACUUGUGUGAAACUCUUAUACAAAAUAAGAAAAAACUCAAUACUUUCAAAAAUGUAUGUUUGUAAAUUUGCUGUGCAAAAAUUGGUAAUAAACAUCAUAUGUAAAUCAACCGACUGCAGUAAAGUUAAAAAACUAGUCUAAAAUGAUUCAGCAAAGUUGGAGAAAACGCCAAACCCUUUCAAGAGCGUAAAACUUGGUACAGCAGGGUAAAAAUGCUUGCAAGAGGUUUCUUCAUGUUUGUUUUAAUAUUUCACGAAAUCUGGAAAAAUCUCUAAAUAAAAUAUAUCUGAGUAAAAAUAUCGCAGAAAAAAUUUAGUUCCUUAAAAAGUCACAGACAAAAUUGUAAAGACGAAAAAAUUUGUAUAAGUAAAUAAAACGAAAGAUUAAAAUCCAGAAAUGGUAUAAAUUUGUCAUUUAAUAUUUUUUCGAAAAAAAAAAGAAAUUCCCCCAAACAACAAACACAACUCGGCUUUUUUCGUGCACAUAACAGAAGUAAAAACCGUUAUAUUUUUGACUGACUUAAACAAUUUUGUUGUAAUGUAUUUUGUAGGUCUAGUCUUUAAACUAGUUUGUAAGCUAAAUGACAAGUAAUAAACGUGUAAACUAAUUGUUAAGCGAUAACUGUAUAAAUUUAAAUGAUACUUAUAUAUGCGCAUGUGCAACGAAGUGGAGAAGCUAACAAAGUUAUGAAAUAUUUUACGAUAUAAUAAAUUGUAAAAAAAGUAGUAGAGAUUUCAAUGAUGCCAAUCGACUGUAAAUUCUGAAAAUGACAAUCCAGAAGUUAGCGAGAAAUAUACCUAGAAUUACACGAACAACUUUAAGGCUUUUGUUUUUGUAGAGCUACGCGCAGUCGCUUACCAACGUUUAAUAUCUUCGAAAUAUUUGAUAACCUUUUAAAUAUUUUUUUUUUUACCGUGUUCAACUUUUUUUUACAUUUUAGUUUUAAUUUUCCUGAUUUACUACCAAACGAAAGAAAAUUGCUCACUAUACCUAAAAUAUUACGAAACUCCAGCGAAAUGGUAAAAAUGUAGAAAAGAAAAUGAUUUUGUUUAAAAAGAAUAGAAUU